AUGGCGCUGGUAACCCUGAACGUCUACGACAUCACGAACACGAAGUCUGACUUAACCAACGCGACGAUUCAACACCUGAACACGUUAACGAAGGACACGUUCAACGCGGGCGGGAUAUUUCACGGCGGGAUUGAAGUGCACGGGUACGAAUAUUCCUACGGCUAUUGCGAAGAAGGGACCGGCGUGUACCCGUGUCAACCAAAAAUGAACAGCGCGUACGUUUUUCGGGAGUCUAUUCCGCUAGGGGUGACGAGCGCAGACGCGACGAAAGUGAGAGCGAUAGUGGCGGUGAUGAAAGCCAGCUGGCCAGGGAACGAGUACGAGUUAUUUUCGAAGAAUUGUAACACGUUUUGCGAGGCGUUUACGAAGGCGUUGGGCGUUCCUCCGCCGCCGGAUUGGUUAAAUAGAUUUGCAACGAACGCGAACGGCGCGGUGAAUGCGCUUUCAAACGCGAAAGAGGCGAUGCGAGAGGGUAUCGAGAGCGUCGGGCAGAGCGUACAUAACGGGUUGAUGUGGAUGGCGAGCGGUUUUACGUUGACUCAAAUCGACGCGAAUAGCGACGCGAACGUAAAGACGAACACAAAAACAACAGACCCAAAAAAGGGAGGCGCGAACGCGGACGAUCAAACGACCACAACCACCACCCCAGGUGGCACGCCUCGAACGAUUCGCUUAUCGAAUCAACCGCCGCCAAACGGAGAAAUUCCGCGCGAUAUCGUUCGAGACUUGGAGUAA